CUUCUCAGUUGAUUGGUCGCUUUGCUUGGGUGUAGUACUGUAGUCGCGUUGGGGGUUUCUCUUAGAAUAAUGUGCACAAACUUAAAUGACCAUUUUGAGAACUUAACUAAAACACAAAACAAGAAACAAAUAAAAACAAAAUAAGCAAAAAAAGAGAAACAUUUCGUGCAAAAAUUAUUCGUGCCUGUGAUAAUCAUUUUAUUCUUUAUUCUAUUUUGACGUUUUCAAAGCUAGACACUUACUAUUUUCCAAUAGAAAAAUUGAUAAAAGUAUUAAAAAAGUAAUUGUAAUUGAAACGCUUGUCGAAUAGUUUUAUUUGCGAUUUAGUAAACGCACAACAUUAUAUUAAUCAAUAAUAUCGUGUGUUUCAAUGAAUGUGCUUCGUAUUUGAUAUUUUUAGUUUAGUUGUAAUUUGUUGGUGAAACCAAAAAAAAAAAAAAAAACAGAAAAAUGUCAAAAGCGAUUAAUGAUUAUCGAAUCAGAAAAAUCGAAAGUAUUGGCAAAAUGACGCAAAUGACUCAAGAAGAAAUAAUCAGCAACACAAGAACAGUAUUACAAGGUUUGGAAGCGUUACGUGUAGAACAUGUUUCGUUGAUAAGUGGUUUGGGACAAGCGAAAAAUGAAAAAUCUGACAUUGUGCAAAAGAACAUCGAGAGCAUUGAGCUCGGUUUGGGCGAGGCACAGGUGAUGAUGGCAUUAGCACAGCAUUUACAAAAUGUCGAAGCCGAAAAACAAAAGUUACGUACACAGGUACGUCGUCUAUGCCAAGAAAAUGCCUGGCUCCGAGAUGAGCUUGCAAAUACACAACAAAAACUCCAAGCAUCGGAACAAAGUGUUGCACAGCUCGAAGAAGAGAAGAAACAUUUGGAAUUUAUGGCAUCGGUGAAAAAGUAUGACGAAAAUCAAGAACAAGAAGAAGCAACGGAAAAAUCACGCACCGAUCCAGUUGUAGAAUUAUUUCCCGAAGAAGAUCAAGAAAGUAGAAGCCAUCUAUCGCCCACUCCACCAAAUCAAAUUGCCUAUCAAGCCAGUGGCGGCUACGAGAUUCCAGCUCGCCUACGUACAUUGCAUAAUUUAGUCAUUCAAUACGCGUCGCAAGGAAGAUAUGAAGUCGCCGUUCCGUUAUGCAAACAGGCAUUAGAAGAUCUGGAAAAAACGAGUGGACAUGAUCAUCCUGAUGUGGCAACCAUGCUGAAUAUUCUUGCGCUGGUGUAUCGUGAUCAAAAUAAAUACAAAGAAGCUGCAAAUCUUUUAAAUGACGCAUUGGAAAUUCGUGAAAAAACCCUAGGCGAAAAUCAUCCAGCCGUUGCGGCAACACUCAAUAAUUUGGCGGUUUUGUAUGGAAAACGUGGAAAAUAUAAGGAUGCUGAACCACUGUGUAAACGGGCUUUGGAAAUUCGUGAGGAAGCAUUGGGUCGAGAUCAUCCAGACGUUGCAAAGCAACUGAAUAAUUUAGCUUUGUUGUGUCAGAAUCAAGGCAAAUACGACGAAGUCGAAUUAUACUACCAACGAGCACUGGAGAUUUAUGAAUUGACGCUAGGCCCAGAUGAUCCAAAUGUCGCUAAAACGAAAAAUAAUUUAGCUAGUUGCUUUUUGAAACAGGGCAAGUACAAAGAGGCCGAAAUUCUCUAUAAGCAAGUGUUGACCCGAGCACAUGAGCGUGAAUUUGGUACAAUUGACGGUGAUAACAAGCCAAUUUGGCAGGUGGCUGAAGAACGUGAAGAGAAUAAAGAUAAGAACACAAAUUGUGCCCCAUACGGUGAAUAUGGCGGUUGGCACAAGGCAGCGAAAGUUGAUAGUCCAACGGUGACAACAACACUUAAGAAUCUCGGUGCACUAUAUCGUCGACAAGGCAAAUAUGAAGCGGCCGAAACACUAGAAGAUUGUGCAAUACGUAGUAAAAAGGAUGCUAUUGAAUUGGUGCAACAAGCCCGCGUAGGUAGUGCUGAAAAACGACGAUCGCGUAAUUUGACCGGCUACAAUGGCCCAGGUACAAGUACUGAAACAUCGCAAAAUGAAAGCGCCGAUGGGCAAAGUCGACAUUCAUCUCAUCACUAAGCGAUAAAUUACCAUCGUUUGGUCUAUUCAAAAAAUAAUACCAAAUUUGGUCCACCGAAUCGCCACUCCAACUCAGAAGGAUUUAUUUGUAAUGUAGCCAGUUUACUUUUUUUGAAUUGACUAUGAUGACAACAAUACGACAAAUACGAAAUUAUUUUUGUUUGAUUCAAUGGUGCGGCGGAAUGCGGAAGGAAAUAUAAGGGCCACAAUUAAGCUGUUUAUAAAUUUAAAAAAAAAUCAAACCUAAUCCUAUAUUUCACAUACUUACAAAAAUCUACUUUGCUGACUUUAAUUUAAAAAAAAAACUAUUGUGGUAGUCUGCAUCAAAAAUUACAUUUAUUCCAAAAUAAUACUUACAUUGUUUUCACCCAAUUUUUAGUGUUAUAAUUUUCCAUUCAAACCCACGAAUAUUUAAAAUUUUAUAUAUUAAUCAAAUCGCAGCCGGUAAAAUAGUGUAGAGCUUGCUUAAAAAAUAGAUAUUGCUCUUUUCUGCAAAAGUGAUUUAGAAAAAGUGAAAACCGCAUAUUUCAACGUUUAAUACAAAAGUCAGUACACCACAUUUUGAAUUAUUUUCUGUUGAUGACGUAUAAUUUUAUCUUUUAAUUUAAUAUAUUCAUUCUAAUUUUGAUAAGAAUAAAUCGGCAAUGCGAAAUACAA